AUAGGCAGCUCCAAAUCACCAGAGGAGUUGGAAUGUGAAGCUAAAAUACUUGAUGCUUCUCACGUUUGUGUGGAAUUGUCAGAGAAUGUGUCUGAAAGCAUGGAUCAAACUCCGGUUAUCUUGAUCAAUCAGGGCGAUAGUGUUGAAGGUUUAUCUGAGGUUUCCGGGACAAUCCCAGAAGUUGCAUCUGAAAAUGUGGAUCAGCCUCCGGUUAACAUGGCUGUGGAGGGUGACAACAUUGACGGCUUGUCGGAGGCAGGGCCUAUGGGCAGCUUGGAAACACCAGAGGAGUCCAAAUCUGAAGCUAAAGUGGGCGAUACUUGUCAGGUUUCUGGGACAAUGCCAGAAAAUGCAUCCGAAGACAUGGAUAUUCAGCCAUCAUUAACGGCGGAGGAGGGAGAAAAAGUGGAGUUACCAGCUGAGGGAUCUGUUGGUGGUAGCUCAAUGGAACAGCCUUGAAGUUAAUUAAGUGCCUGACAAGAGAGUUUUUGUACAGCUUCUUAGAGCAUAAAAACACCUAAACCAACUAUUCAGUAAAUUAUAGUUUGUCCCUUCAAAGGGGAAUCAGGUUCCUAUUUUGUAUGUAGAUAAGGUAUUUUGUGGAAGUGUCUUCCAUUAAUUUAAUCUGUCAAGCCCUCUUUCUAGGUUUGCUGCCUUAUAAUUGGGUUUCGUA